GCGUUAUUCCCACUCGCUUCCCCCUUAAGGUUUUCGCCCCCGGCGCAUGUUAGCGACUAGCACCCUGCACCAUUUAGUUUUUUAUUUUUUUUCACAUUAUAAAAAUCAUCUCCCUUCUCAUCCUCCGCUUUUCCUCUCUACAAAUCAGACCCUCUCUCUCUCUCAAAAAAACACACACACACAUUCUCUUUCUCUCUCUUUUCUCUGAAAUAUCUGUUGUGCCCUCUCUCCCAAUUCACCUCCAUUUCAAAGUGGGGUGUGUGUCCGUAAUUGAACUUUCAGCAAACAGCUUACUAUAUUCAUCAGCCAUGGCUCAAGAAAUGGACGAUUUGGAGUUUCUGCUACCGUCGGAGCUGCUGACCGACGACGACCUCCUGACUGAUUUCGCCGCUGGGUUUGGGAAUUCCGGCUGUCUGAGCUCUGAUCUGAGUUCCCCGGUCGAGUCGGUCACCGGCCCGUUGGAGUUCGGAAGCGACGACGAUGACGUCGUCGCCGAGUUGACCAGGAAGCUGACUCGUUCCGGACUGGGGAACUCGAGUUUGUCAUCUGAUAUCACGGCUAAGGGAUUAAAACUAUCCGGUUCGCCCCAGUCAACUCUGUACGGGUUCAAGCCUGGUUCGAGGGGCAGCCCGAACUCCGAUUCCCGGGCUUGUUCGCCGCCUGAGGCCAAAAGUGCCCCGAGCUGGGAUUUGCUUUACGCGGCGGCGGAGGAGGUCGCGAGGAUGCGUCUGGCCGAAGAUACGGCGGCGUUCUACUCCAACGAGUUGUUCACCCCGGCCCGCAAGCCCGGCCCUGUCUCUGUACCUCAGCCCAAACCCGAUAUGGGCACCGGUUUCUACCCGGUCCGACCUCAGACUCAGACUAACAUCUCUUACCACCAGCUGCAAGCCGCUAAGCUUCAGAUGAAACAAAACCAGCUAAUGAUGAUGAUUAUGAAAAAUGGGGCUAUGGAUAUGGAUAAUCAGAUUCGUGAUGCAAGGAGAGGUUCUGGAGUUGAUCGAGCAUUUGGUCUGUCACUGGCCGCCUGGCCCACUUUACAACAGUCUCAGCAGCAAACAUGCUCCGCCAUGAAAGCUGCCUUCCUCAGAGAAACCGGGCAAAAAAAGGAUAGGGUUGGAACCGGCGUUUUCAUGCCCAGACGAUAUAGCCCGAGCCCGGCCGAAGCCCGAAAGAAACCAGGGUUUUCUUUGAAUCCGAACAUUGAUUCCAUGAAUGCCCAGCUUCAAACCAGAGGCAUCGGAAAUUUUAAUCCUGAUUAUGAUGUCAUUCUGAAGCAGAGGAACAAUUUGCCGGCUGCAUCUUUUCCGGCUAGAAGUAUGAGGUCACAGCCGAUUGUGAAUCAAGAAUUCAGACUUCCUCAAGAGUGGACUUACUAAUAAGAAAACCCACAUGAAAAUUGUGGAUUUGGGUCCGAGUUAUGCAGUCAGUAUAAUUUGAAGAAAAUUAGGACAAAGCGCAAGAAAGUUUAAGGUAGUGGUAUAGGAAUUUGCAGUGGUAGUAAAGUAAAUGUAGACGAUGAUGAAAAAAGGAAAAAAUAAUGUUUGGUUUGGGUGAAAUAAGAAAAUAUUAAGGGAAAGGAAAAAUAGCUAAAGUAUAUUUGCAGUAAAAUAUAGGUACUUUUAUUUUGUUUUGGAGAAAGGGUAUUUUCUAUUUUGUUUCCAAUUGGGAAAAAAUUGGAAUUAUUAUUAUAAAUAUAAGUAAAGGAAUAAUGAGCUUAGGUUAUUAUUAUUAAUAUUCUUUUGUUUAUGUCGAUAGUGGUUUUUUAGCCGUGUUAUGCCGACGAAUUUGGCGGUGGGUUGACACAGUGAGUUGUGGUCUCGUUUUGGUUGAGAUUACAACUUUUGUUGUUGCUCUUUUGUUUUGGUUGUCAGUGAAUGGAUUUGAAAGUUGUAUUCCAAUGAUAAUGAGAAUGUAUGGAAAAUUUGUAAUGUUUUCAUUAAUUAAUUGCUUAUUAGUUUUAAUCACUGUGUGUUUUUGUACUAAUGUUUUUGGUCAAUAUCUGGGGAGUAGAAAAAGCAAUUUGCUUUGUUGUGUUUUGGUGUUGUGUGUCACAUGCUUUUGCACUCUUGGCUUUUGACCGGUUUAUUGUUAGCUCCUAUUUUGUUUUUUACAUUUUGUCUUUCUAUAAUCUUCAUGCGAAUGUAUAUUUAGAUUCAACGGUAUUUGAUAAUAUUUGAUGGCACAAAUAUUCCUUUUUUCUG